UAACCUUGUCGAGCCUAUAAUAACGAUUUCGACAGGUGGAGACAUUUAGUUUCGUGGCCGACUCGGGGACGGUUGCAGGUGGAAGUGGAAAUUCGACACAAACAUUUUACAUCGUCAAAUCUGUGUUAAAGGAGUAUUUCCACAUCAUCUUGGAAACAUGAACUGUCAAGCCCCGCCACGACAGGCACAUCCGUAUGUUGUUCAAAAUAACAAGAAGUCCCUGGUUGAAGCGUACAUCCUUGCGCUUGUACUCGGCUGGCUGGGAGCGCAUCACUUCUACCUGAGAAGGACUGGGUUCGGUCUAGUGUACUUCUUCACGUUCGGGUUGCUGGGGGUGGGGUAUGUGGUGGAUCUGUUCCGACUGCCCUGUCUGGUGAAGGAGGCCAACAAGAGGAGCGAUGACCCCCGUGUGGCGCGUGAGAAGAAUCUCUGUGACGCCUACAUUCUCUGGUUCCCUAUGGGACUUUUUGGCUUCCAUCUGUUCUAUCUGGGCAAGCCAGGGCAGGGAGUUCUGUACCUCUUCACCUUCGGUCUCUGUGGCAUUGGCUUCCUGGUAGAUCUGUUCCGCAUGCCGUCCCUCGUGAAGGCAGCCAACCAGUGUCCCUGUGAGCCAGAUCCAUUCAAGAGCACCUGCACGGCCUACAUCCUCGGUGCAUCCCCCUUGGGUAUCGUCGGGCUUCAUCACUACUACCUGGACAGACCUGUAUGGGGGAUACUAUACACCUUCACCCUUGGGCUGCUGGGGGUGGGAUGGGUGUAUGACUGGUUCCGCAUCCCCGUCCUCGUCAAACGCACAAACGACAUCCAGGCCAUGGAGGUAGACAAGGAAUGGAAACACUUGGACGACAUCUACAUACUGUGGUUCCCCUUAGGAUGGCUCGGAUUUCAUCAUUUCUACCUCAACAGGCCCGGAUGGGGCGUGCUGUACUUCUUCACGUUUGGAGUGGUGGGUGUUGGGUGGUUGGUGGAUUUCUGCCGUCUGCCUUGUUUGGUGAAAGAUCACAACAGGUAUCUGUCAGAACGCCGGCUCAUCGCCAAGACGAUCCUGCCAUGGUCCGGGGGUCACGUCUCGGUCACCUCAACAGGACAGACUGUUGUUACUGUCAGCAACAUGGCGCCCGGAAGUGUGAUGACGACGCCUGCUGGAAGUGUAGCAGCGCCCCCUGGUGGUAUGAUGCCACCUCCCUACAGCUACCAGAACAUGUCAUCCUACCCACCACAAGGCUAUGCAGGUGCACCUGUUGCGGGGUAUCCACAAGGACCAGGCUAUCCCAACCACGGCUUCUACCCCGACCUCGCCGCCCCUAAUGCAGCAGCAGCGGGACAGGCAGCCGCACCAAUGCCGCCGUCGUACGAGGAGUCGCUGUCGACCACAGCGAAAGUAGGGCCGCCACCGGAUGUCGACAACAAUCGCCAUGAGAAGAAGUGAGCGGAUUCUACAGAAGGACAACCCGAGUGAUAAAAUCUGUAAUACUGAAGCAACUGAACAAAUUGUGAUAAUUACAGCAUUGAAUGGUCCAAGAUUUCCAAAGAGCUUCGUACGACUCAGAGUUAAAAUACCUCUAUAAUAGAAAAAUGGAGAACAUUUACAAAGUCCAGAUAGUAAAAUCGACUCUAUUUUCGGGAGAAAUUUCUUUCGAAUAUCAAAAGCAAUUCUGUGGUUUUAGUUAUAUGAGAACAAAAUAGCUUUGGAUCAAUGACACAUUUGGGUAAUUUGUAGAAAUGAUGCAUAAAGAGUUUUGAAUCAAUAUUGUUUGAUAUUUUGAUUCGAAUGUGAUGAAUCGAAAGUUCCGUAUGUAGUACCCAUGGCCAGAUCCAUAAACAUGUCAUUUACCAAGAACUGUUUACCAUUUAUAUGUUUGUCUUGUUAUACAAGGCUUUGAGAGGCGGGUCCUUUCUUGUCAUUUUCAUUGUCCACAAUCAUUGUUUUCAUCAAGGGUGACGUCAUAUCAUGUUGCUGCGUCAUAAUGGCGUCACAUCUCUCUGUAUUAUAUUUCAUCAUCAUUGUAUUGUUGAAGAACUUGUAAAUAAAUAAUUAAUUUGUA